AUGCCGCCUCCAGCCAUCGCGAGGAUUGAAGCCAAACUGCGAGCCCAAAGGAAUGGCGAUACCCCGCCUCUCUCUCCGUCUCCCAAAAAGGUUCGAAAGCAUGUCAAGAAACCUGAGAAAGGGAUGAAGUUUUCGAGAUUUCCGGCUGAGAUACAGCAAAUGAUCUGGGCCCACGUCAUACAGAAGCCAGCUUGCCAUACUUUCAAAAUCCUGAAACCAAGACGGCCCAUCACCGGGCCUGGUUCGAAUGCGCCAUGGACAAUCGACCUCCAAGCUAUUCCAAGCCAUUAUGACCCGUCGGCCUACCGUCAAUGGAAGUCAAUGCUAUGGAACCGGAACUACAAGCUCCCACCUAAGACAGGAGAUGAGAACCGAGAAGGCAAGACAGAAAGGGACAAGAAAGGGAAGAGCAAAACGGGAGAGGAGAAGAAGAGAUCGAGAUUCGAAGAGCCAAGGCUCGACGAACGAGACCUCGUGAAAGCAGAUAAUGAGAAGGCAAAUCUCGAAGGCUCCAACAAGCCCAUCACCCAGAAGUCACAUGAGGCCUUUUCAAAACUCGCCAACAUCAGCUUCCAGACUGGAUUCCAAAAUGCCAUGAUUAAAUUUCAACCCAUUGUCUUGAAGACUCCAAACAUUUACCGCCGCGGUGCUGCCAUCGACGUUGCCACAGAUCUGGUCAUCAUCGAAUUUGAGCGAGGAGAGACAGCGGCUGCGUCAGCCUGGUUCGAGCAUUCCACCCCUCGGAUGCAGAUCAACGGCAUCCGUCACCUAAUGCAGGAUUUCAAGCGUGUGGCAGUCCACUACAAGAAGACUCACAGUGCCGCCAGUGAUCGCGGCCCCUUCCAGUGCUAUUGCCCGGCUGCAGCACGGAUGGGAUGCUUUGAUUACAAGGCUUGCCCAAUGGAGCAGGCCUGCUUCUUAGAUUGCUUUCCCAACCUUGAGGAGUUCUACUAUGUGAUGGAUAGCGCCCCUUUCCAGCUGGCGCAUUUCUCUGACAUGCAGAAGGAAUACCUUCAACUCUGUCCGAAGAAGUUUUUCGAAUUCCUUCCCCUCAAGUUGCGCGACAAGCCUGUGGUCCCUCUCAAAGCUAUGGAUGAACCACGUGAUUGUCUCGUGAAGGUCAUGCAAAUCUACAAAGGUCACCAGGGCAACGAGGUCUUCAUCAACCCUGUGGAUGAUCGAAAGAAGCUGAUCAUGGCCGGCUCCUUCAAUCGCUUCGCAACAAAUACGGCUGGUCUGCUGGAGAUCGCCGCCGACACACUGACUGCCACGAAGCUGGCACUUUGGAACUCUCGUGAGAAGACACUGCAGUCAUGGCUCUCAGUGCCUACCGGUAUCCUUGUGAUCCUCACGGCGUGCUUCGGCGUCGACACCCUCUUCAAACAUGUCUCGGUCUCAUUCCCUGCCUCCGUAGCGUGCAUGUUGCUGCUCUUCGCCGGCCUCUGGAUCUGUGAGCUGGUCAUUGGAGGCCAUCGAACGCGUCACAUUGUCGCUGUCAUUGACGUUCCCGCUGGCUGGUCGCUGCGCUGGAUAAGCAUCCUCUUCACGCCAACGUUUAUUACGCUGCCUCUGAGUCCUCCUAUCAGAGCCGUCGAAGUCGGGAAGAUAAUCGCUGUGUUUGCUGUCGGCUUCGUCGCCAUGUUCGUUGGCACGGCUUACAUGACCCGAGGACUACAACUCGUCACUGGCUCGCAUAAGAAAGCCCAGGCCACAAGGGCUGAAGAGCUGGGGCCCCAGGAAGACGAGAUCGACCUCACCAGGACUCCUCCUCCUCAGGAGACCCCUCCUCUGUCCACAGAUGUCUCGGCGCAGACAUCAGCUAUCGCUCUCGAUGACCUUACUGCACCGGGUCAGUCCCAUGAACCAACCCAUAUCCAACCCAUCACCGAGCAUGUUCCUACCCGUGCAAGCCCAGACCUCCCAGAGCCAUUUGCGAGUCCGCCACCACUUCCGUCACAAAGUCCGCCAGCUCCACCACGAGCACGCCUCUGGGCUGCCAUCAUCCAGAGGCAUGUCAAUACUAUUAUCUACCUCUCUGUCCUGAUUUUCGUCGGUCUGCCCAUCUACUACGCCAAUGGAUAUGCCAUGCCCCUUCAACUGAGCUUCACAGUCCUAAUGUACUUCGUUGCGCUAUCUCUCCCACCAAACUGGAAACAAGUCCUCCACCCCGUCAUAGUCUCAGCCCUCCUGGCCGUCCUCGGCCUCUGGCUCUUCGGCCUCGCCCACCGCCAGUCUCUCAACAGCAUUCUACAACAAUACACCACAGGCAAUAAGUACCUCCAGCUCUGGGAACAUGCGACCACCAGCCCCACAGCAAGCCACCUCCCCGGUGCAGGUGACAUCCUCUCUACGGUGCUGGACGCCUCCAUCGUCAGUCUCGCCCUGCCCAUGUAUCAGUACCGGCGCGAGCUGGUUGAGCACUUCGCGGCUAUCAUUGUGCCCAACGUCGUCCUCAGCAUCGGCAGCCUGUACGCAUACCCGUCCAUCUGCUUCGCCAUCGGCAUCUCGGCGCAGCGCAGCCUCGCCUUCGCGAGCAGAAGCCUGACGCUCGCGCUCGCCAUCCCCGCCACGUCCAAUCUGGGCGGCGAUGAGAGGACUGUCGCGGCCGUGGCGAUCAUGAGUGGCGUUGUUGGUGCGCUUGUUGGUGGGAGGGUGCUGACUUGGUUGAGGAUUCCUGAGGAUGACUAUGUCACUCGCGGCGUGACGCUUGGCGCAAACUCUUCCGCUGUCGCAACGGCGCUGUUGCUUCGGACGGAUCCUAGGGCUGCUGCGUUGUCCAGCCUGUCGAUGAGCCUGUUUGGAACGAUUACUGUCUUGUUUACCUCGAUACCGCCGAUUGCGAAUGCUGUCAAGUCGCUUGUUGGGCUUUGA